AUGGACGCGGACCAGUACGAGCAGUUGGGACCGGGCAAAUCAAAAAUGACAGCAAUUGGGCCGUCAGAUGGUGGUCAGGAGUCAAAAAAACCCCAGGUACUUCCAGCAAGGACUCCUGGACAGACCGUCCUCGGACAAUUCGCUCUCAGGGAGGCGCCACGCAUCGUAGUUCAAUUCGGAAUCACAUUCUUCAGACCAGGAGACGAUGUCGACCUGAGUUCAGAACGGGCAACGACCGUCGGCAGUGCAGAGGGAAUAACAGCAACGAAAAAGUCUAAAUCGAAAGAGGACGUCAUUUCUGGGGACAAAGAAAAAGAGAGGGAGAAGCCAAAGGCAAAAACAAAGCCUAUUCAAAUAGAUAUUAAGCCAUAUGUGGAGCCGACAAUGCUGAAAAUGUGUCAUGCGGUCACACUGACCCUGUUGGUGAUCAGUUUUGUGUUGAUGGCGUUAACAGUGGUACAAUUCGUCGAUAUCUUUGUUUGGUUGCCGAUAUUGUUUGGCGAUGAGGAAUGA